AGCACUUGCAGCAACUGACACCGCAGCGGAAGCAGCAGCUGACAUGGCAGCAGAAUCAGGAGCUGAUGCAGCAGCCGAAGUGACUGCUGACGUGGCGAUCAAAUCAGCAAUUGAGACAGCAGCCGUAGUGGCUGUCGGGGCGACACCUGCUGUGACUGACACUGCUGAAGCAACAGCUGACAUAGCAGCAGAGGCAAGAGCUGACACAGCAGUUGAAAUGGUUGUCGAGACGACACCUGCAAUCCUUGACACGUCAGCUGAAGCAACAGCUGAUGUGGCAGCCGGGUCAGCAAUUGAUACAGCAGCUGAACUGGCCGUUGAGGCGACUCCUGCAGGGGUUGCUACUGCAGCUGAUGCAGAGGCGGACAUGGCAGGCGAGUCAAGAGGUGAUACAGCAGCGGAAGUGGCUGAUGAGGGGUGUAUCUCCAUUGCUACACCUGCAGCAAUGGACACCGCAGCGGCAGCAACAGCUGAGGUGGCAGCCGCAUCAGCAAGAGACACAGCGACUGAAGUGGCCGUUGGGGCGUCACCUGCAGGGGUUGCCUCCACAGCUGAAGCAGAAGCAGACAAGAGGAGCCGCAAGCUGAGGAAAAAAAAGCGACUGGCCGAUGACAUGGCAGGAGAGGAAUAUUUCUUCCUGCCCAGGAAAAAGCCAACCAGACGGCCGAAGAAACCCGUCCCGAACCACUUUCCGAACCUGCAACCGAGCCUGCUGGUGAACCUGCUACUGAGCCUGGCGUGUAAGAGCGUAGUGGAUUCGGAGCCAGUGAAGGAGGCUGUAUCUAGGGAAGAAUCAGGAACGCAUCUAUGGGCAUCUGUUGAGGGCAGUGUGCGUCUGCAGCUACAGGAGCUGCCACUGCCACUGCAGCAGCAGCAACUGCAGCCGCAGCAGCAGCAGAAACAACAGCUGCUGCAACAACAUCAGCAGCAGCAGCAGCAGAAGCAGAAGCAGCAGCAGCACCGCCACCAUCAGAAGCAGCAGCAGCACCAUCAGGACCAUCAGCACCAUCAGCACCAUCAGCACCAUCAGCACCAUCAGCACCAUCAGGACCAUCAGCAGGCAUGGCCUCAAAAGCUGAGCCUGACACAGCCAGAUAUACCUUGGGAUCUCCAGGAGAGCAAGCCGACCAAUAGAAACGUGCCACUUGGUGCAUCGGGGACCGGUGAUGAGAGACGAUUUGACUCCGAUGCUUCCUUAACACUAGGGGUACAUGUGGCGGCUUGUACCGAAGGGGCUUAUAAGGAGGGGACGCUGAAAGGGGGUUUUUUAAACGAGGAGGGAGGCAGAACGAAGGCAGGAGGCAGAACGAAGGCAGGAGGCAAAGCAAGGCUAGGAGGCAAAGAAAAGGCAGGAGGCAGAACGAAGGCAGGAGGCAAAGAAAAGGAAGGAGGGAGGGCGAAAGGCGGAAGCUUGGUGGAAGAGGAUGGUAGAAAGGGCAAGCCCAAGGGUGUACGGGUCCCCAAGGCACCGAAAAAGCAUGAGGAUGCAGGGGGGGGUGCAUCAGGUGGGGGGGUGACGAAGGUCAAGGUCAAGGUCAAGGGAAAGGGACAGGGGGGAAAGAAGAGAGGGAUUGCAGCGGUCCUGGGUGAUGCGGUUGGAUCUGGUGCUUCUGCUGCAGGUGCUUCUGGUGCAGGUGCUUCUGGUGCAGGUGCUUCUGGUGCAGGUGCUUCUGGUGCAGGUGCUUCUGGUGCAGGUGCUUCUGGUGCAGGUGCUUCUGGUGCAGGUGCUUCUGGUGCAGGUGCUUCUGGUGCAGGUGCUUCUGGUGCAGGUGCUUCUGGUGCAGGUGCUUCUGCUGCAGGUGGCUUGGUGGUUGGGGCCUAUACCGUGGAUGGUUCUGGUGCAGGUGCUUCUGGGGCAGGCGGUUCUGGUGCAGGUGGCUCUAAUGCAGCUUCUUCUGGCAGGAAGAGACCACGAGAGGAGGGCAUAGGCCUACUUCGUUAGGGAACCUACUAGGGCUGGAGAAGUGUUCUAGUGGUAAAUUGCCUGGCACACCUUUAGGUGAGACAGAGGGCACGAUCGUGGCGGGAAGACCAGCAGGUAACGGGACAGGGAAAGCGAGAGGGACUGCCAAAGGCGGUGGCACAGGCAAAGCAGCGAGCAGAGGGAAGGAAGGUGUUAUCUGUGCAGGCCAGCGAUCAGGGAAAUCUGGUGGCAGGGUAGCUGGUAGAGCUGCUGGUAAAGCACCUGGGAAAUCUCCUGGCGGCAAGGCACCUGCUGGGGUAGCUGCUGACAAAGCACCAGCAGAAAAACUGCCUGGCAAACGGAUGGGAGUUUCAGCAGCCAACCCGCCAAGCAAGGCUCAACGGAAAACUCCAGGCAAAUCAUCCGUCAAAAAAGCAACAGCACCCCG